AUGGAACAAAUAUGGCUGCUGUUUCUGCUGAUAACCAAGGUGUUUUCUGGAACUGCCCAAUUCAACGGAUAUAACUGUGAUGCCAGUCUCCAUAGCAGAUUUCCUGCUGAAAGAGAUAUCAGUGUCUACUGCGGUGUGCAAGCCAUCACAAUGAAGAUUAAUUUUUGCACAGUUCUCUUUUCGGGUUAUUCUGAAACAGAUUUGGCGCUGAAUGGAAAACACGGGGAUUCCCACUGCAGGGGAUUUAUAAAUAACAAUACCUUUCCGGCCGUGGUCAUAUUUAUCAUCAAUCUCAGCACCUUGGAGGGCUGUGGAAACAACUUAGUGGUUUCUUCAGUUCCGGGACUCAGUGCCUAUGGAAACACAACAACCGUACAAAUAGGCAACAUUUCGGGAUAUAUUGACACCCCAGACCCAGCUGCGAUAAUCAGCUACCUGCCAGGACUUCUGUACAAAUUUAGCUGCAGCUAUCCACUGGAAUAUCUGGUCAACAACACCCAGCUUGCUUCGUCUUCUGCGGCUAUAUCUGUGAGAGAGAACAAUGGUACGUUUGUCAGUACUUUGAAUCUCCUGCUGUACAAUGAUUCAACCUACAGUCAGCAACUGAUUAUCCCCAGCACAGGAUUACCUUUGAAAACCAAAAUCUUUGCGGCAGUGAGAGCCACCAACUUGGAUGGCAGAUGGAACGUGUUGAUGGAUUACUGCUACACCACUCCAUCCGGAAACCCCAAUGAUGACGUCCGCUAUGACCUCUUCUUUAGCUGCAACAAGGACCCUCAGACGACCAUCAUCGAGAACGGCAAGAGCCAACUAGGACGGUUUUCUUUCGAAGUGUUCCGCUUUGUGAAACACAAAAACCAGAAAAUGUCCACCGUCUUCCUGCAUUGCGUGACCAAGCUUUGUCGAGCAGAUGACUGCCCCUUGCUCACUCCUAUCUGCAGUCACCGAGAAAGGAGAGAUGCGGGUAGGAAAACCACAUGGAGUCCCCAGAGUUCUUCGGGAAGUGCUGUUAUCACCGCUGGACCCAUCAUCACUCGCAGCGAUGAGACACCCACCAACAAUUCACAGCUUGGCUCUGCGAAUGGACCUCCUUUCCAACUGAAUCCUUUGACCAGUGCUCUGAUAUCAGGAAUCAUUAUUUUGGGAGUCCUAAGCUUUUCCCUUUUCAUUUACUCCCUGGCUCUCUUGCACAGGAAGGAUCCCACCAGGUUUGUUUUGGACGGUAUAAGAAACCCAGUGUUUGACUAA